AUGCCUCGAAUUACUAGAAGAUCUAAAGGACAGCAGUUGACCAGCUUGACACCCACAGCUCCAAAACCUAGAAGAAAAGCCAGUUCAUCAAAAGCUCCAUCUUCGUCUUCAGCCGCAGCCGCGCCAACUCCGGUAGAUGAUGAUGGGACGGGACCAGUAUAUUUCUGGAAACCGCACGAGGUACCAUUCGGUAUCUUUUCCCAAUGGUACGAGGAUGAAUUUACCGCUCCUUUCGAUGGGGAACAAAUGAGAUUCGGUACAGCAGAGCAAUACAUGAUGUAUAGCAAAGCGGUGUUAUUCAACGACCCAGAUACCGCGGCAGAAAUAAUGAAAACCAUGAAUCCCUCGACCCAGCGCGCCCUAGGCCGUAAAGUCCGGAACUUCACCGAUGUAACGUGGGCGGAGAAUAGGUCCCGGAUUGUGGAAGAGGGGAGUUAUUGGAAGUUCAAGAAGGAUCCGAGCCGGCUCUUGGAAACGGGUGAUCGGGAGAUGGUCGAGGCGAGCCCCCGGGACAGGAUUUGGGGUAUUGGCUUUGGGCCCAAGAAUGCUGAUGCUGGAAAGAGGGAUAAGUGGGGUAUGAACCUGUUGGGGAAGGCGCUGAUGGAGGCGAGGGACAGGCUCAGGAGGGAAUUAGAGCCAGAGGUGGUGGAAUCGAAGGGGAAGGAGCAAGGCUAACUGAGGGACAAUUGCCACCAUGGGGGAACUCAAAGCUUAUUUGUUUGUGUGCACGCAAAUCGCGGAGGGAUGCCCAGCUGGAUCAUAUUUCCACCCUUCUCCCUUUCUCCGAUGCUUUCCUUACCUGCCUGAUCUAUUUUCUUUAUUUAUCGAUAUUUCUUUUCCCUCAACCUCCUCUUGGCUUUUGAUGGUGCAUAGCGAAAAUGAGGACAUCCCACAACCUCCGUAUCACAUAGCUUAUGCGGAGGAUUCCAGAAAUGGCGCAUGAGGGACCCGAGAUUACUUCAAAAAAAUUUUUGCGCAUUUUUUUCGC